GGUGCAGGUUGGCUGCGUAGCACGAGCGUCUUUAUUGAGCAAGAAAGACAUGUUUAGUUGUAAACGAAAAAAACAUCUUUAGAGCUUCUUUUAGCUCGUUUUUUAAAGAACUUUUACUAAAUUAAGUUAACUAAAGGCAAAGCAAAAGAACCAUGUACAAUAAUAUUGGCUUAGCGACUGCUCGUGGUUCGGGAACUAACGGCUACGUGCAAAGAAAUUUGUCUUCAGUUCGUUCGAGGAAAGAAAAAGUUGACUACAGAAACGACGAAGAACUUGAAAAACUAGAGCAGUUAAACACGAGAAGACCAAACAAGGAGAUCUUGGAACAUCAGAGGAAGAGAGAGAUUGAACUGAAGUGUCUUGAACUUCAAGAUGUCAUGGAAGAACAAGGAUACAAUGAUGAUGAAAUCCAAGAAAAAGUUGAGCAGCUCAGGACAACGCUAAAUUCUGCAUUGGAAGAAAAGACUGCAAAAAAUUUGAAGGAAACACAUCAAAUGGCAGAGGCUGCAGAAGAGAAAAAUUCCAGGAUGAAAGGAGCUCUUGGAAUCAAGGCAGACUAUAAAGAUGGUUCAGCAUUCAACCAAGAACUACAAGCAGCACAGAGGGCUGCUGAAAAGGCCAAGCAGGAGGAAGAAAAGAUUGCAAGGGAAAUGGAAAAAGAAAAAGAACUGGAAAAGGAAAGGAAAAGAAGGCUAAAAAAAGAAAAGUUGGAAUCAAAGAAGAAGAAAAGGCGACGUUCACCUUCCCCUUCUUCCAGCUCAGAAUCAGAAUCAAGCUCUGAAGAAUCAAGUAGCAGCUCUUCAGAAGAAGAGUCACCUCCAAGAUCAAGAAGCAAAAAACACAGAAAAGAAAGAAAGCAAUCCAGGGGCAGAUCUCCAUCAGAAAGCCCUGGCAGAAAAUCUAGUAAAYGUGGAAAAGAAAGAGAAAGGAAAAAGAAGCGGGACAAGAAAUCACCAUCUGAAAGUGCUGAGAGAAAACCGAAAAGAAAGGAGAGAUAUGACAGGAACGAGAAAAGGAGAUCACCAUCUGAAAGUGCGGAGAGAAAACCUAAAAGAAAGGAGAGAGAUGACAGAAACGGGAAAAGAAGAAGUGUUAGCCCUGAUGAGAAGCGUAAUCUCACGAAAAAGGACAGAAGAAGAUCUGAGAGUCCAAGCAGCCCACCUAGACACCGUUCGCCUAGUCCUCAGCAACGUAGAGCAAGUAGUUCCCGGAAAAGGCGGACAAGUGAAGAAGUUUCAGAGAGAAAGGAGAGCAGAGAAAGGACCUCCGAAAGAAAGAAACGAAAUGAAAGUCCAGAGGAAAGGAAGAAAUCACGUCGGCAUCGAUCAAGCUCAAGCGACGAAUCACCUCAGCGAAGAAAACGACCUAAGAGACGAGAAAGCGAAGAGAAAUCAUCACCAGAAAGAAAAACGGCAAUAAAGCGCUUUUCUCAGGAAGAAAGACGGAGACAGGAUCGCGACGAUGAAAGAACUGGUAAGAAUUCGUUUCAUUCUCCGGUGAAGAGAAGACGCGCAAGCUCAUCUGAAGACGAAGCAAGAGCUCCUAGACGAGAUGAAAGGCAAAGUCGGGAUGACAGAAGACAAUCCAGUCGAAGACAGGACUCUCCGGUGAAGAGAAGGCGCACAAGCUCAUCUGAAGACGAAGCAAGAGCUCCUAGACAAGAUGGAAGGCAAAGACGGGAUGAGAGAAGACAAACCAGUGGAAAACAGGACUCUCCGGUGCAGAGAAGACGCGCAAGCUCAUCUGAAGACGAAACAAGAGCUCCCAGACAAGAUGAAUGGCGAAGACGGGAUGAGAGAAGACAAACCAGUCGAAAACAGGACUCUCCGGUGCAGAGAAGACGCGCAAGCUCAUCUGAAGACGAAACAAGAGCUCCCAGACAAGAUGAAUGGCGAAGGUGUGACUCGAAUGAAAGACCCACCCCCAAGUCGAAACCCAGAGAUACGACGUCACGAAUGAAUCAAUCUAGAGGGCGCGAUUCAAGAUCUCCUGAUGAAAGAACGAUCAGAAAACAAGAAUCACGGCGCUCCUACUCGUCUCCUGAAAGAAAACACCGUGAUUUAGAAGAAAAGAAGAGCAGAGAAAGAGAUACAGACAGGGUACCCGCAGCAAAGGAGAGACCAAGGGAGGGCGCCGAGCCCAGUAGAAGUCCAGAAAGACGGCGACGGUCAUCCGGAUCCCCGGCGAGAAAAGAAAAGCAGGUCAUCAACGAGAAGAAGGAAAAACCAAAGAAACCCCAGUCCGAGUCUGAAUCGUCUUCUGAGGAAAGUUCUGAUGGAUCUUCAAGUUCCAGCUCAGAUUCAGAGUCGAGUAGUUCUGAGGAAGAACAGGCUCCGCGUGCCAAAUCCAACCGGGAGAAGAAUGGCGGGCAGAGUAGCUCUCCAGAAAAGAGGAGACAGCCAAGCUCCUCCCCUGAACGUGAGAAACCCAUGGUUGACAAAGAAGAAAGAAGACAGCCGCAGAGGAGGCAAGAGGCAGAACCUCCAGCCAGGGGUGCCAGACGUCGCAGCCCGCCAAGAAGAGUAUCUCCUCCUCCUCCUACAAGAAAUACGCGUCGACAGAGUCCAAGUGUAUCGCCACCGAGAAGGACAGAAAGACGUCGAAGUAUUUCCCCUGAACAAAGAAAACGAAUCUCCGGAGUAAGAGAGGAGUACUCUCCAAGAAGAAAUGUAAGACGAUCUCCUUCUCCACCAAGGAGACACUCAGAUCGUUGGCAGAGACCGAGCGCAAGUCCACCACGCAGAAGACGACGAAGCAGCACCCCUCCACGACGCUACCAAAGGUCCCCUUCCCCUCCACGUCGUAGACCCCAAGAACGAUCACCUUCUCCAAGAAGGUAUAGGAGGGAUAGAUCAAACACCCCUGAUGAACCCCGAUAUGUAAUACAGGACAGAAGAUCACGAAGCGGUAAUCCAAGACGAAGUAGAGAUGCCAUUCAAAGAGGUUCCAGGUUACCGGAGCAAACGUCGACACCACAAGAGCGACUGUCACUAGGUCGUAGAGGAAGUCCAAAUAGGGAACAGUCCUCACGAGAAGAGCCAAGCCAACACGUUAGGGAGAAGUCCGUCAGCCCCCCUCGCAAGAGUAGCUCUACUUCUAAAGGGCAAAGAAGCGCAACCCCAGAAGAAGCCAGAAGACCAUCACAAGAAAGGAAAGGCGAAAAGCACUCGCCCGAGAAGAAAGAAAGUAAAUCUGGAAGUGACAGCAGUGAUGAUAGCAGUGACAGUGAUUCCAGCGAGUCAAAGAAAUCAAGUCAGUCAAGCAGCAGUAGCAGUAGUGAAGACAGUGGCGAUGAAUCCAGCAGUGAUAGCAGCAGCAGCGGCAGUAGCAGUGGUAGUGACAGCCCAAAGAGAUAAGAACCCCUUAAUCAGUUGGUGAAUAGCUUCCAUAGCAGCGCUCUUAAAGGGGCUUCCUUUUCCUCGAGCCAGUCUCCUAAUACGUAAGGUGUUGCGUGACACUUGUCUUAGAAGAGGGGUUCAUCUCUACCCAUUCAGUUUCUACGUAUGAUCUAGAAAAAACUAACAAUCGCUCUUUCAAGGAUAACUUCUAUCCAACAGAAAGAGGGGUGGGGAUGUAGUAUAAGAAUAAGAUCAGGGCCAAUUCCGACAUGUACAAGUGAAUCUGGCGGUCCAAAGUUUCUUGAUACAUUGCGUUACUCAAAUUUUAUGUGUAUUUAUUUUAGCGUUUACCGUUUUAUAAAACCUUGUUAUGUGACCGACAACAGAGUUCUACAAUAGUACCAUCACCCAUUGACAUGACUUAAACAAUACAAUCGAGUUUUUGCACAAGCUAGACAAAACUGAGGACGUUUUUAAUCCCUACGUUUUUGCAUCUAUUCUUCCCUCCUCUUUCUUUAUGCUGAUUCUUCCCCCUUUCUGUGAUUGCGUGCGGCUGUGAAACUGUUUCCACUGAUAUUAUCAAUAUAUCAUUGCUACAUUUAUGUCUCUAGAAGAAGUUCUGUCACUGUACAACAAAGUAAUGUAAGUUCCAACCACCAAGGUUAAUGAGCCUUAAUUCACUUUUGUAUGAUGUAUCAUGCCCAAUCGUAGUUGGUCGGGAUCAAUUUUAGACAAUUUCGCUCUAUAACUUGGGUUGCGAACCAAUCUGUAAUGAUUUCCGUAUUAUCAUAUAAGCUUUAUUCUUUGUAGUAUGCCCUUAUCCUUUCCGAAGGAAACAAAAAGACUCAUUUACCAUGUUGGAGGAUAUGACAAAACAAUCCCAUCACCUAAUAUACUGUCCAGUUCUUCCAACAUGGCGACUUUGACGUUUAGUAUGUUGCUAACUUAAAUCAUUUCUGGAUGGGAAAAUAUUUUGCUGAUUGGCUUCAUUUGUUACUUAAUAAGAAUUGUAUUAUCAUGGAGUCAUUCUUACUGUUAACUAAUAGUAAUCCAGUUGUAUAGGUGGUAAAGAAUUGUAAAGCCAGAGAGAAAGUUUCUAUUAAAAUGGUAUGUGAUUUAAUGUAA